GGGAUCGGGAAGACUGAGCCGGCGAGUCACAUAUAAACACAAAACACGUAACGGUAGCCGCGCUAUCCACCUAGACCUGGUGACUUUUAAAGAAUCUAACACUAAAAAAGCCUUUUCUGGAACAAUGGAUGCCGGUCUGAGUCAAGAGAAGGUCUCCUCCUUCGCCAAACGUUUCCGGGCAGAGCCGCGGUACCUGCUGGCCCAGAAUGUUUCCACUUGCAUUGACCCACUGGAGGUGUGCCUGCACAGGCAGACUGUUCAGGACACCGUGCACAUCUUCCAGCAUUCUAUCCCGACCGAGGGCAAGCCGGUCACCAACCAGAAGAACUCAGGAAGAUGUUGGAUCUUUUCCUGCCUGAAUGUGAUGCGUCUUCCUUUCAUGAAGAAGUUCAACAUUGAAGAGUUUGAGUUCAGUCAGUCCUACCUCUUCUUUUGGGACAAGGUGGAGCGGUGUUAUUACUUCCUGCACGCGUGUGUAGAGACGGCGCGUCGGAAUGAGCCUGUGGACGGGCGGCUCAUCCAGUUCCUGCUUUCCAACCCCACCAACGACGGCGGCCAGUGGGACAUGCUAGUUAACCUCAUCGAAAAAUAUGGAGUUAUUCCAAAGAAGUGCUUCCCAGAGUCUCACAGCUCCGAGGCUUCCCGUAGAAUGAAUGACAUUCUCAACCACAAGCUGAGAGAAUACUGCCUGCGGCUGCGGAACAUGGUGGCCAGUGACUCCACUAAAGCGGAGCUGAACGAUACCAUUGACACCAUGAUCGAGGAGGUGUUCCGUGUGGCCAGUGUGUGCCUGGGCAGUCCCCCGGAGACCAUCUGCUGGGAGUACCGAGACAAGGACAAGAACUUCAACCGCAUGGGACCCCUCACACCCUUGCAGUUCUACCGGGAGCAUGUGAAACCCCUCUACAACAUCCAGGAUAAGAUCUGCCUGGUGAAUGACCCGCGUCCACAGAACCCCUACGGGAAGCUGUACAGUGUGGAGUUCCUGGGCAACAUGGUGGGCGGCCGUAGCACACUGUAUAACAACCAGCCCAUUCAGCUGCUCAAGCAGGCUGCUGCCAACUCCAUCAAGGACGGGGAGGCAGUGUGGUUCGGUUGUGACGUGGGGAAGCACUUUCACGGCAAACUGGGCAUCAACGACAUGAAUGUGUUUAACCAUGAGCUGGUGUUCGGGAUCUCGGUGAAGAACCUGUCGAAGGCAGAGAGGCUGAUAUUCGGGGACUCUCUCAUGACCCACGCCAUGAUUCUUACUGCUGUCACAGACAAGGAUGGCAAAGAGGGGGAAUAUGAGAAGUGGCGAGUGGAGAACUCCUGGGGAGAUGACCGUGGGAACAAGGGCUAUCUGAUCAUGACGGACGAGUGGUUCUCAGAAUACGUGUACGAGGUCGUGGUGGACAAGAAGUACGUCUCCCCCGAAGUGUUGGAGGUGAUGAAGCAGGACCCCGUUGUACUUCCUGCCUGGGACCCAAUGGGAGCCCUCGCAUAGCCAGGAAAACAGGAUGCUGCUCUGCUGCCCCUGCUGGUCUUAGCCCUGGUCUGUGUGACUCCACCCCACCAUCCCUCUCUGGGUUUAGCCCUCCAUAAACUCCCAGACAACAAGACUGUUCUAGACAAAAAAAAAUAAAGUGUUUUUUUUUUUUUUUUUUUGUACUGGAAUUAGUCUACAGAUUUCCUCUCUGUCAUAGUCUCUGCACCUGUUGUCCCAUACUUCUGUCUUACGGUUCUGUUUCUCACUCAGGCGUGGUUUUUUGGAUACUGCUCACCAAUAUGGCACCCAAAACUGAAAUCUAUAAGGCAGUUUGGAUAGCGUUCAAUGGAUACCUGGACAGGAAAAACUUUUUCUAUCUUCUACCUUUUUCUGUCUUGCCUAGACCAGCAUGAAUGGCAGGCGGCCCCCAGUGAAUGUACUGUGGGUAUGUCAGGCUCAUAGAAUGAGAAUGACCAGAAGGGGUUAACCCCAUUGUCAUGAUUUUGUUUUAUUUGGCAGUCUCAAUCUAGAGCGACCUACAAAAGCCAUCAUUGCAAAAUACAUAAAAGGCAUAUCGCAUCAGCCACACGAACAAACACAUGGAUACGAAGCGGCCAGUAAAAACGGUGACUGAGUGUCAAGCUGAACAGUAGUGCUAAACUACAAGUCCACGGCAGCGAUUUAUUCAAACUGUAUUACUUUUCAAAAGUAAUUCUUCAUGUAUGAUAAAAAAAGGAACUACAUUGCUACAACCCAGGGUUGCUGCCCUCUGUGUGGGUGCUAUUUUGGAAGAUAGUUUUGCACGGGGCUUUGACCUUUGACCCGAUCUGUACAUUCUGUUUCCGUGGUCACGCAUCACUGUUCCUUCCUGGCACAUCAUCAGGUGCGGCCACCUCCAAGCUCUGUGAGCUGUUCUUUAUUGCCAUCCUUCUCAAUAAAGCCAAGUGGUCAAGUACAACGGAGCCAAGUGCGUGCGAGUGCUUAUGUCUCCUCAUGCAGAGUUGCGGCAGACGGCGGUAGGGUGGAAAACGCAUGUUAGAAGUGGCCUGUGCUGAGC